UCUGUGUGGACUUCCUAUUGGUAUCAAAGGAGGACAUCGAACGGCUGAGUGAACGGAGACAUUUAAAUUGAUACUGCAGUCUUGGUGAAACCAUAGACCCAAACAUGAGCCAGUGGGCAGCACUUCUUGGGAUGACUGACAUAUACCAGGAACAGGUCCUGGGUCUGUACAGUCAUGAACGCUUGCCUAUGGAGGUGCGUCAGUAUCUGGCACCAUGGAUCGAAUCACAGGACUGGAAACAAGCAGCCAGGGAUCGCUCAUUGGCAAACAUUAUGUUUCAGAAUCUCUUGGAGAAUCUGGACACACAGUACAGCCGCUUCACACAGGAGCAGGAGAUACUUCAGAGCUUCAACAUCCGAAAACUAAAAUUAGAUAUGCAGGCCCUAUACCAGGCAGAACCACAGAAACUGGCAGAAUUAAUCAGAGAUCUUUUAUACCAUGAGAAAAACAUCUUGUCAGAAUUCCAGGACAUGCAGUCUCAAGCUGAGAAGCCAGUACAAGUUCCUAUGGAGGUUGGGCAGAAUUUUGAGAUUGAACUACGAGUCAGUAAAGUAAAGGAACAUGCACAGUUGCUAGAUCAUGCAGUGAAGUUUUUGGAGGAUCAGCAGGAAACGUUUGACUUCAAAUACAAAACCUUUCAAUUACUUGCAGCUAACGGGAGCCAUGGGGAGCAGUAUUUGAAGCCCAAGAGAAUUGAACUUCAACAACAACUUAAUGAGCUGGACCGAAAACGCAAGGAGGUCUUAGACCAGAUGAAGGAGCUGCUAGGGUUGUGUGAGACUCUAUUAAAAUUUCUUGAGAAGGAGCUGGAGGAAUGGCUUAUGAGGCUAAAAUUGUCCUGUAUUGGAGCCCCUAUGAAUACCUGUCUUGAACAGCUUGAAAAAUGGGUGACAAAGUUGGUUGAGGUUUUCUUCCAGAUGCGGCGCCUUCUGAAACUUCUCAAUGAGCUUCAAUCACGUUUGACGUAUGAGGGCGAUCCUCUGAAAACAGACCCUCCAAUCCUGGAGCAGAGACUACUCGAAUUGCUGUGCUGUCUUCUGAAGAAGGCUUUUGUAGUGGACAAGCAACCAAUCAUGGCUUAUCCAUGCAGACGACCUUUAGUAUUGAAGACCGGUCCUUCUUCAUUCUCUGUGAGAGCCAGGCUUCUUGUGAAUUUGCCAAAACUGAGACAUAGUAUGAAGGUUUCCUAUGUAAUGGAUAAGAAUCCCCCAGACAUCAAAGGGUAUCGCAAGUUUAAUGUGCUUGGAACACCACCCAAGGCAAUGGAGGAUUGCCAGGGAGAAGGGCUGAUGGUUGAAUAUAAACAUCUGACCCUGAAAGAACAGAAAUCAGGUCCUGGAGGAAAGGGUAGCAAAGGAGCCACUGAUGCAUCACUCAGUGUCGUGGAGGAACUUCACGUCAUUACUUUCACAACACUUUUUGACUACCAAGAUUUGAAACUGAAUCUAGAGGCUGUUACACUGCCCUUUGUAGUAAUCACCAACGUCAGUCAGUUUGUAGGAGCUUGGUCCUCUGUCUUUUGGUUCAAUUUGUUGAGCCCCGACCCUAAGGAUUUGACUUUUUUCUCCAUGCCUCCUCCAGCACCCUGGGUGUUAUUAGCAGAUGCACUAAGCUGGCAGUUCUUAUUCAGCACAAAGCGUGGACUGAAUCAAGACCAGCUACGAAUGCUGGGAAAGAAACUCUGUGGGACAGAACUGAGAGAGGAUAGCCAAGUGUCAUGGAGCAGGUUUUCCAAGGAGAACUUGUCCAGGGUCUCAUUUACUUUUUGGACAUGGUUUGAUGCCAUCCUCGCCUUGGUGAAAAGCCAUUUGGAAGGCAUAUGGAAUGAUGGUCAUGUAAUGGGGUUUGUGAGUCGUAGCAAAGAAGAGAACCUUCUGAAGACAAAGAUGGAUGGCACUUUCCUCCUACGUUUCAGUGAGAGUGUUCGUGAAGGAGGGAUUACCUUUUCUUGGGUGGAACAUCAAGUAAAUGGAUCCUACAUAAUCCGCUCUGUUGAGCCCUACACGAAAAGGGAGCUUUUGCAUAUUCCUCUGACUGAGAUCCUCAGAAACUACCAACUAAUGGCUGAGGAAAACAUUCCUGAGAACCCUUUGAAAUACUUGUACCCAAAUAUCCCAAAAGACCAGGCAUUUGGGCAGUAUUAUGAGCAUAGAAGUGAAAUUACCUCCGAGUAUGAGAAGUACCUUAGACGCAAAUUGAUUAUUGUUUCAAAAAGGCAAGAUGAUGACACCCUGAGUUCUUUUGAUCCUGCAACACCUCAACCCAAUGACCCCAGUGCUAUCAUGGAUGAACUGGAUCUGGCGAGAUGUAUGAUGAAUGAUUCUGACCCUAUGAUGCCUUCUCUACCGCUUGAAUUACUUGAAGAAUUAAAUGUGAUCUAAUCUCUCCUAGUAAAGAACAAUGAUGGUCUACAAGAAUCCAGCCUACAAAUGCCUGAAACUUGUACACUUUGUAGACAUCACAUCAUGCUGUGUUUAAAUGUAUUAAUUGAUGUCCCUGUCAUCAUUUUUGUUCUAAAUCAGGACUAUCUCGAUGUGAUAUGCCGUGGUUUUUCUG